AUGUUGAAUAGAAUCUGUCUGGAUUCAACUGGGAAGAGAGGUUCUGGGUUAUUUCAGGACUUAGAGGUGCUGUUUGAUGUGCCACGACCUGAUUUGCAUUGGUCAGGUCUUUUCUCGAAGGCCUCUGACCUUGUUAAUACUGCCUUAUCAGAUGAAUUUUCAAAUUUGCCACCACUUAUCAGAUCUGACUUCUUAGCUCUGUCUCAUCAUCUACUUAUUAGAUCUGCUUAUUUAGUUCCCUUUGAAGAUAGCUUAUCAGAUGUUCUCUCAGCUCGAUAUCAGCCUAUGCUCAUUUCUUAUUUCAGCCUCAUUUAUAGCUCACAACUCAAGGCUUACCAGUCCACUCAUUCUCUCAGCAGGAUCCCCUCUGCUCAGUCAUCUCUUACUGCUCAGGCUACUAGUUCUCUCGAUUCCAAUUAUCAGCUCAAUUAUAAUCACUUGCAGCUGGUCUUUAAUGCUGCCCACACCUCAGUUGCACUUUCCAACUGA